AUGAAACAGUAUCGAGAGAGUGUGGUUAAGCGUUUUCUGCACGGUGAGCGACCCGGCGACAUAUUCCGGCUAUUGAAACCGCAUGGGGUCAAGCGGAACUUUGUGUAUAAGACCAUCAGGCGAUUCCAGGAGACGGCCUCGACCAAGGACCGUGCGAGAUCCGGUCGGCCGCGUUUGGCCAGAACGCCGCGGGUCAUCAAGGUCGUGAGAGAGCGGAUUCGGCGCAAAAAGAACCGCUCAAUCCGAAAAAUGGCUGCCGACCUAAACGUUUUCAUCGGGACAGCUCACACCAUAUUCAGCAAAGACCUUGGUUGUAAGCCUUACAAAAAACGUAAGGUCCAUGGCGUUUCAGAGGCUACUAGAGAAAAGCGGUUGAAUCGAGCCAAGAUGAUUCUCACUCGGCACGCUGGUCAGGAGUUCGUUUUUUCGGACGAGAAACUUUUCGUGCUGCAGCAACCGCACAAUGUGCAAAAUGACCGGGUGUGGGCGCCGACAAGGGACAGCAUUCCUGAAUGCAGUUUGAACAUCCCUCGUUUCCAAAACGUCAAAAUCAACGCGGCAUACUACAAAACUGAGGUUUUGGAGAAGGUUGUUGCCCCCAGUCUUCAAAGCCUCUACGGAGAUGAUCACUACGUGUUCCAGCAGGACGGUGCACCAGCCCACACAGCAAAUGUAGUCCAAGCCUGGUGUCGGGCCAAUUUAACCGACUUCCUGGACAAAACUUUGUGGCCUCCCAGCUCCCCGGAUUUGAAUCCUCUCGACUUUUUUGUUUGGUCCUACAUGAUGUCAAAGCUUAACGAUUACACGAUCAGCACUCUGGACCAGUUCAAGAUGGUCAUCCUGAAAAUCUGGGACGAAAUGCCCAUGCAGGCCGUGCGUGCCGCUUGCGACGCUUUCGAGAAACGUCUGAAGCUCCUAAACAUUUCGGUUCGCUGCUGCUUCUCUCCAACCUCCGGAACGUCCUACAUUCGCCAAAUCAUUCUCGAGCUGGUCAGCCCUCCUUGUCCGCUGUGCUGUGCUCCACGUCGUUUUGUACCGUGCUGA